AUGGCCGGUGUUGACGGUACGGCUGUUAGCUCGCUCUGUAAGAAAUGUAAAAGUAAUGUGGUUUCUGGUUACAAAUGUAUAGAAUGUAAUAGUUAUUUUCAUCAUAGUUGUGGAAAGAAACGACAAGUGAAAGUAAUUUGUGAUAAUAAUGUUAUCUGUUGUGAAAAAACUGAUGACAAAGUUGUCGAAAAUGACGCAGCAUUUUUUGAUGCCGUUGAUGAAUUCUCGGACUCAAGUAAGAAGAUUGAUGUGAGCAUUUUCAACUAUGUGGUCAAGCAGAAAGACACCAUAAUAUGUGAGUUACGAGAUAAAAUUAGCUUAUUGAAUGAACAGAUAAUAUUAUUGAAUAAAAUCAAAGCAAUCGAAAAUUCAAGCCCGAAUUUUAUAUUAUCCGAGGAAACAAAACCUGAAGCAAAAACAUGGGCCAGUGUGACUGCUGACAAAAAAGGGAAGGACAAUUCUUCCAAACAAAAAAUUAAUCACCAAUGUGAGUCACACACAAAAACUGUAAAGAAUAGUCCUCAGCCAAUAAUUAGUAAAAUAACAAAGAAAGAUGUUUCUAAUUCUUUAGCACAGGUGGUAACCCAAACCAAAAUGAAUGAAAUUAUUAAUUUAACGAAUAAUGAAAAAUCUCCAAGUAAUUUGAAUUUGGAUCAAGAUGGAUGGAGGGAAACAAAGAGAAAACGUAGGAGAAACGUUAUUAUUGGAAAAAAUAGCACCGAGAUUGUCAAGGGUGUGCCAAAAUAUAUCAAUUUGCAUGUGUAUAGACUCAAGCCUGGAACGACAACAGAUGAGCUAACACAUCUAUUAAAAUCUAACUUUCCAGAAGUUGCCUGCGAAUCACUGAACUCGAAAUUUCCAGAACUCUACUCCUCAUUUAAGGUCACAAUAAUGGAGAGCCACUUCCGAAAAGCCAUGGAUCCAUCAUUAUGGCCUUUCGGAGCUUGCAUUAGUCGUUUUUUAGAGAAACGGAAGCAGGAGCCUCAAAUAGGAUAAUGUUUGAACCCAAUAUAUUUUUACUUAAUGUAAACACACUUAGUAGUUCCAAAAUAAAUUAUAUAGAAAGCGAUAUCGAUCAGCUAGCAAUACCAUUUUUAUGUUUAGUAGAAAUUGGUGUACAAAAUGAAUCUCUU